AUGUCUUCGCUCUCCCGAAUCAGCCUGAUCAAUAGUGAGGUGACAGGGCCAUGUGUCUGUGAACGGGCGGUGGGCAACAACCAGCCUGGCUCAGGCAGUCCCUACCAGCCAAGUUCGUGCUGGACGGCCUGCGCCGCCACUGUGGCAGAAACAGUAACCUUUCCACUUGAUUUGACUAACAGACUUCAAAUUCAAGGGGAAGCUGCUGACCGACUUCAUAAAACAUCGAAGCCUUACAGGGGAAUGAUACAGACAGGCUUGGAAAUAGUUAAAGAGGAGGGCCUGUUUAAGUUGUGGCAAGGUGUCACACCUGCCAUCUACAGACAUAUAGUGUAUUCAGGUGUACGGAUGGUCACAUAUGAACAGCUUCGUGAUUCACUACUUAAGAAGAAUGAUGAUGGCUACUUUCCUUUGUGGAAAGCUGUGCUAGGAGGAAUGACAUCUGGUGCCAUUGGUCAAUUUUUUGCCAGCCCAACAGAUCUGGUGAAAGUUCAGAUGCAGAUGGAAGGGAGAAGAAGGCUUGAAGGAAAGCUUCCAAGAAUCCAUGGGGUCUACCAUGCUUUUGUGAAAAUUUUGUCCGAAGGUGGAAUCCGAGGAUUGUGGGCGGGUUGGAUACCAAAUGUGCAGAGAGCUGCCUUAGUCAGUCUGGGAGAUCUAACUACCUAUGACACGGUGAAGCACUUCUUAUUGCGAAACACAGCUCUGAAGGAUGGUAGCUUAUGCCACGGUUUAUCAAGCAUUUGUGCAGGACUAGUUGCUGCUACCAUGGGAACCCCUGCAGAUGUCAUUAAAACCAGAAUCAUGAAUCAGACAAGAGAUAAACAAGGAAGAGGUUUACUGUACGUAUCCACAUACGAUUGCCUGAAGCAGACGAUAAAGAGAGAGGGAUUAUUGUCAUUGUACAAAGGAUUUCUGCCAACUUGGGCAAGAAUGGCACCUUGGUCAUUGACGUUUUGGCUCACGUUUGAACAGAUCAGAAAAUUAACAGGCCUCAAUUCAUUUUGACAUCUAUUCAGAUCUAAUUUAACUUCUGUGAAGUUCCUCUUUGAGAAAUGUGAUGCUGGAAUGUAGG